GCCCCCCAAUUCGCCGGCUCCCGCGAGACCAAAGAAUCCAAGAACUCGAAAAGCCCUCCGCCCGCUGGUGCUCCCUCCCUCCUCCCCGCCCCCGCCGUCCGCCGUCCGCCGGCCGCCGCCGCAGCAUGGAGAGCACCGCCUCGGUGCUAGACCGCGCCUCCUCCGCCGCGGCCCGGGCUGCGGCGGAUGCGGGCCACCUCUCCUCCAUCCGUCUCGUCUGGGUGGCGGGGCUGGUGGUGCGCGCCCUGGAGCGGUGCAAGGUUCUGGAUCGCGCCAGGGAGCUUCAAGAAGCUGUCGAUGUUCUUGCUGGCGCGGACCUGCAGACCAUGGCGAACGCCGCGGGCUUGGUGAGCAGCGCCGCCGCCAGGGCGGCUUUGGAGGCAUAUUUGCAAGGGGUGGAUCUUGUAGUGACCUGUCGGAAUCUGGAGGUGGCAGCACGCGAGCUAAGCUUGGCGGUGGCGGUGGCGGCGGCGGCCGACUCAAAGGCCAGAGAGGAGGGUACCUGCAAAUGGAUCCCGUGGCUGAAGAAGGACAGGAGGAAUGCAGAUGAGCUCGACGACGGCGGCCUACGCCAAGCGCUUCUUCAGCACAAGGCCUGGCCGGCAUUCAAGAAGGCCUCCAGUGUACUUGCUGGAGCGCCCGGACCAGAGGAGAACCUGGGGGAGUUUCUUGGCUAUCCUCUGUUCGGGUCAUUGACCUUACUGCCUUACCUAGACCCUACAGGAGUGGUGAUGAAGCAUGUGUCGGGCAAUGGCAGGAAAGCUUUCCAUGUUAUCUUCUCCUUGGUUUGGAUUGCAGUCGGUCUAGGUGUUCCAUGCAGGCACUGCCGGCAUUCUGCGUUCAUGCAAAACUGUGCUGAUAUCACAAGCCGCAUCGGCAUGGCUGGCAUCACUGCCCUGGUGAUUUGGUAUAGCUGCCUCCUGAUAGCACCAGGGACGUCAGUUAUUUCCUACAUCAUGAUGGUCUUGGCUUGCAUUUUACACAUUGUUGCUUGGGCCAGGGAUCGCAGAUGGAUUGGGGGAUAGUAUAUAGGUAACUUUGCUUGACACAGGGACCCAAACAUGUAAUGUUUGGAGAGUCUCCUGAGUGCAUACAUGUAAAAAUGAAAGAAAUCAGUCCUUAAACUACUUUACCCUUUUGUUGUGAACAUGAGCCUUCACAAUGUCAAUUAAGGCUCAUUUUUGUGCAAUAGUGCAUAGGGGAUAAGAAGGUGGACUUAUAACCCACUAGCAAAUCUUGAGUAUGUAUAGUGGUGAAGAAAAAGAGUAGAGUUUAUGAUUUUUACAGGUAAAAGUGCUUUGGAAAGCUAAAAUGCAUA